AUGCUUUCUCCUGCUCUUCGGGAUAUAUUAUAUUGCUGUACUCGCCGAUUCUUUUCCAGACCGCUGGUACUGGACAUCGAUCCUGCAUCUUUGUCUUUAACCCCCACGUUGCACGGAACAGGAUUCUCGUUCAUUGAGGGCCAUUCUUCACACCUACUACAGCUUUCUGCAACGAUCGCAACGAUGGACGCCCCCAGAAUCCCGCCCGUCACCGCCAACGCUCGUCAAGCUUGCUACCAGUGCUUCAAGGAGGGUGUGUUGCAAAAGUGCUCAGGUUGCCGUCGUGUGUCGUAUUGUGGUGCAGCAUGCCAGAAGGCGAACUGGUCCACGCACAAAGGAAUGUGCAAAGCUCUUAAGGCGGUAGAGACGAAACAAGCGUUGAAUCUUCUCGGCAGUUUCAGCAUCAUGACUAGCUUUUACGAUUCGGGGAAAGUGGGCGAUAGUGCGACGGUCAACUUGUCAGUGGAGGGGUACGCCCAAGUCAUGAUGCGUUCCUUGGCGGCGGAACUUCGCAGGCCGCUCAGAGUCGAUGAGCGUAAUCUUGUGGGCUGGGAGCCUCGAUGUCUUGAAUGUGGUCGUUCUGAGGUGCUCCUCCGGCUAGAAGCUUCACGCACCAAUCAACAGCCAGGCACCUUGAGGCCAUGCCCAGACUGCAAGCUCGCCUUCUCCUGCUCCGAAGCGCACUGGAACACUGUCAAGGACAAGCACCAAAACACUGCGGCCCAAGACGCGCGCGGCCUCCCGCAAUGCGCCAUGAACAAGCUCUGCUUCCAAGAUGCCAUCUUCGGCGACUUUAUGGCGGGCGCGGGGCAGGGCCCGUUCACUUGGGCCCCAGAGAGGACGAAGACUGAGUGGCACUCGGUGAAAGGCUUGGGAUGGGACGACUUUGCAGCGGAUUUGAAGGAGAAGAUGCCUGGGACGCCGGAGGACGUCCUGGAGCCGAUGCUGAGGGCCGCGAGUGAGGGUCUGUCGAUGCCUAUGACGAUCCUUCUAGGGUUGGAGUGUUUGAACGAGGGUGAUGAGUGGACGAGGAAGGACAUGUUGAGCAUACAUGUCCUUGGAGCCGCAGAGAAAGAGGUUUUCAACGCGCAAGUGUUCGAAGAGAUUUUGCAUCGCCUUCCCCAAGUAAAUGCGAUCAAGCUCACGUUCGUUGGGCCCGAGCUCGUAGAUUUUGGUGGACCCCAGCCAAGGACCAUGGAAAUGGAUACUUGCCCUCAAUGCUCGAGGCAACGCCGCAAGCGCACUCAGAUUCACCAUCCCAAGACGUACCAUGACUUCGUCCAGUCACAAGGAUCUCAAUUCGAGAAGCCUGAUCUCGCCGUUGCCUUCGACUCUGGUGCGUCGCAAGAAGAGGAGGACUCUUGGAGAAAGACUAUAGAUCUUCUCAUCAAAGAAAAGAUCCCUACUAUAUUCACGGCAUUCAACGAGGAGGAGGCAAGGGGUCAGGCUAGAAUCUUCCAGGCUGCUGAGGCGAGUUUACACCAAGAGCUGACCCCCAAGGCUAAUCCUUGGGGCAGCCUGCUCGCAAAGAUCGAGCCGAACAAGGUGCUUGGGUUUUAUGCUGUUAAUGGGUGGCUCUCUGGCGGCUUCCGCUAA